CACAUGGUCUUGUUAAAAGUGGUGGGGCUGCUGUAGAGAGCUUGUGUAGUGUUUGUGUUUCUGAUGUUAUUUGGUUUUAUUCAAGUUCAGCCUGCUGCAGAGAAUCACGUCAGUAGCACUGUCAGUUUUUGCAUGCUUCUUUUUUUUUGUGACCGACCAAUGGAGAGACUAAACCGACAUGUGUGCCACUCCCGGGGUAGGUCGAGUAAAGACAAGGGAACACAGAGAAAGAAGGAAGGGAAUGAAAUGACACUUUGCCUGAAUGAGUGUCUGAGAGCGGUUGAGCUGCAGCACCACUAUGCCAGGUUUACCUCCAUGGGGGUUUGCCGUGCAGUCCACCUCACAGCACUGACCAUGGAGGACUAUCCCCUCCUGGGAAUCCGCACUAUGGAGGAAAGGACUCGACUCUUCCAUCUGGUCCAAAUGAUCAAAACUCUGGACCUGGACAGUCUGGAAUAUGAAGAUGGUUAUGAUGAUUUUGGUGCUGAUGGUGGGGACGAAGGCUAUGGUGUAGUGGACAGUAGUUUUACUCAUGAUGGAUGUGGAGAUCCCGUUCGCAGACGGCUUGAUUUCGGUUGUGAAACCAUUGAUCAUCAUCAGAAGCACCUUUCUUAUCCCAAAGGAUCUGUUCAUGUCUGCACCAGUCCUAUGGGAAAUGCUGCACCAGUCCAGUGCAGAGAGUCAGCCACAACUCUGCAGCUUGAACUCGACAGUGGGAGAGCUGUGAAAUAUGGCGGAAAAGAAAACAACAACCACAGGGAAGAUGCACAUAGUCGUCCAAAUCAACACACAAAGAGAGACACCAUAGGAGGUUUUACAUUGCAGAACUCUGACACCCUAUUAUCACCAACGUUUGCCUUCUUCCACAAACAGAAACACAAGCCUGCACCAGUUGCAUCAAAGAUGUUUAGCAGCAAACCAGUUGGGCACAAAGACAGGAAAAUAAUCUCUAAGAAGGAAACACUUCCCAGAGGAAUACACAGUUAUGGGGCUUCAGGAUCCAUGGCUAACAAAACACCCAUUUAUGAAUCAAAGAGAACCGCUGGCUACAACUACGGACUACCUCUGAGUUCCCCUCCUGCUCCAAACAAAAAGCAAGAAAGGAAGCAGCGGAUUAGCGUCAGUGUGAGGAAGAGACCUCUGACACGUGCACAGAGCAGGAGAGGAGAAGCAGACGUUGUCACAACUUCAGGAGGAGAGUGUGUAACUGUUCAUGAAAGCAAAGAAGCGGUGGAUCUCACACAAUACAUACUACAGCACAGGUUCUACUUCGACCAGGUUUUUGGAGAGGAGAGCUCCAACGAGGAGGUGUAUCAAGGAACAGCAUAUCCUCUGGUGCAGCACAUGCUCAAUGGAGGCAAGGCCACUUGUUUUGCAUACGGCCAGACAGGUGCAGGGAAGACUCACACCAUGUUGGGCUCAUCCGCCGGGGGACCAGGGUUGUACACACUUGCAGUCCGGGACAUUUUUGCACACCUCUCCUCCUCACACAUGCUCGCUCCCCUGCUGGUGUAUGUCACUUUCUUUGAGAUCUACUGUGGUCAGCUGUAUGACCUGUUGGACCACAGGAAAAGGUUAUUCGCCAGGGAGGAUGGACAGAAGGUGGUCCACAUUGCAGGGUUGCGUGACGUCAGGGUGGACUCAGUCAGCUCCCUGCUGCAGGUGAUUUCACAGGGUACAGAGGAGCGCACGCAGGGGAUGAGCGGGGUAAAUCCACUUUCCUCUCGAUCCCAUGCUUUGCUUCAGAUUCAGCUCAGAAGUCCAAACCAGCAGAUAAGAGGCAGGAUGUGGUUUGUGGACCUGGCCGGAAGUGAGAGGGCAUCAGAUACCAAAGACCCAGACAAGCAGAGCCGUAUGGAAGGAGCUGAGAUCAACCAGAGUCUGUUGGUUCUUAAAGAAUGUAUCCGGUCCCUUGAUCAGGAGCAAUCACACACACCGUUCAGACAAAGCAAACUUACUCAGGUUUUGAAAGACUCAUUUGUUGGUGAUUCAAUGACGUGCAUGAUUGCCAACAUUUCACCUGGUAACUUAGCGACCGAACACACACUUAAUACACUGAGAUAUGCUGACCGGGUGAAGGAGUUGAGGCAACAAGGAGGACUUAGAGGAGGAAGAAGGAGCAAGACGAUGCCCUCCCCUAAACAUAACCUGUCCAACAGCAGCAGUGUUAGCAGUGUUGGCCCGCGAGAGAAAAGUCCCCCUAAAAAGCAGAAGUUAGGGAGACGACCAGAGGCUUUUGCUCCCACUUCACCAAACACCAGGUCGUCCACAGGGGACACAAAUCUCUGCUCCACACCCAAGAACAGCAGAUCGAAGGCCGAAACAAGUGCAAUGGACGGAGAAGGGAUCGGACUUGAAGAUGUUACACCAAUUAGAGGCUUCCUGGGACCGGGUGAUACGAGGCAUAGGAGGCUUGAAGCAAGUGAAAGAAACGUUAGGGGAAGAGAAAUUGAAAUGUGCGGAGGAUUUAACGGACACUUCGGAGGAAACCAUGACGUCCAGCCAGGGGUGGUGUUGGUACAGCCAGGAGAUGAGCAGCGCCACAAGCAGGAGAUGCAAAACUCUUUAACUCAAAGGGCAUCGGGAAAAAGAGAAAAAGAGAACCAGCAGAGCUCCGUGAAAGGGGGAAGAGUUGAGGAAGGAGGAUGGUUACAACAGAGAAGACAAGUUGAGCGCAGUAGAGACAUGGGUAGUGAAAAGCUUAGGGAAAGAGAUUUACAGAAGUUUGAUGGAAAGGAUAAGGAGAGGCAGAGGCAUCUGAGAAUGUAUCACCAGCAGCUGCAGCAGUUUGCGUCCUUGUCUGCCAAUCUCCUCUCACAGUCGACAUUCUCUUCCUCUCUUCAUCCAAUUGUCUCUCCAUUAUCCUCUUCUCCUCUUCCACAGGAUUCCCUGUCAGCUUCUGCCCUCACAUAUCAAGAUGCAGAAGAUGUCUUAGAUGUGUGCCGAGCUGGAGUUCAGAUUAGAGCUGAUGCUAACAGAGGACAGUGGCCUUUUCCCAGUGGUGAGAUUCGCUUGCAAACUGAAGUCUCUCCAAGCUGCAAUGACAAUCACGCCCGUGGUGAAUCUGGUGGUGUUGGCGAUCACUUGCUGGUAUCAUGGGAAGAAACAGAGGGAAGACUUGAGCAAGGUGAAAGUGAUAAAAGGAGGUCAGUGAAGCCAACAGGUGAAGUAAGGUUAAAGAGAGAAGUUAAGAGGCCAGCUGGGAUGGAAGGGCGAGAGAGGAGGUGGCCCUGGUUGGCAACAGUGGAGACAGAGCAAGAAGAGAGGGUCACAGGUGCGAUGCGGAUUGAUGCAGGGGCACAAGUGGCUUACAGCUGUUGUUCUGAUGACAGAGGACCGAGGGGUGAGGAGGGACUCCAUCCCACAGAUGACCCAGCUGGGCGGAGCACUGAUUGGGAGAGAGGCAGCCCUCAUCAGCGAGGUCCAGCAGAACGACCCCUCUCCCCAGGCUGUGAACGGGUCAACUCACUCCCGACCCCGGACAAACUAAAGGAUCGCUCUCUUGAAUCAGUACAUAUCAGAUGCAUCUCCAACAUCCCGCCUCUACCUAUGCAAAAAGGCCCUUUUUCCAACUCUCCUUCAACCUCUCAACCACUCUCUACCUCUAUCACUCAGACUAGAUAUAACACUUCUGAGCCCCUUAACCAUCUCUCUGAACGUCCAUCAUACCCUCAGGUACAAAACAACCCACACAUCAAAUCCAAAAUGCCGUUUUUACCCCAGCAUGAGACUGACACAGUUUCUCUCAGCGACACAACAGACCCCCUCAGCCUCUCAAUGCUUCAGGUGGACCAACAGGCUGCGACAUUCUCAUUCCUACAAGGAGAACAGAGCAACCCCUCACUCUGUCUGCUUGGGAAUGAAAUGGGGAAAAAUACCAACAGGAAAGAAGGAAAAGAGCAACAAACAUGUUCAGAGAUGACGGAGAAACUUGUAGAGGCCGAGGAUGUAGAGGUUCAUCUUUCUGUGGAGCUGCCACAAGCAAAGACCCGCUGCUCCACCACCUCUGACACCAGGACAGAUAUCAAUCACACGGAUCGAAGAAAAAACACUCGUGGAACAGUCCGACACUCUGAGGACAUUCAUUCAUCCAACUCGCGCACUCUUAUCCCAAAUGUUGCCGCACAAAUGCCAACGGAGCAUGCACACAACAUGCACAGCCAACCUGACUCCUCCACCUCAGCACCACAGUCAGAGAGGGUCUUGGACCAGUGUCACAUGGUACAUUCAAACCCCUCCAGCGAUUUAAACAAUGCAAUCCAACCAAGUCUAGAAAGUACGAGCAGUAAGCUAAGUACACCCACAAUCCAUCCGUCUACCCUGAAAGGCUUGAAUCAUGCACUGUGUCGUGUUGUCCAGGCCCACUGGGAGCAGCUGGAAGAGAUGGAGGCUUUAUGCCAUAAAGAGGGGACACUUCUGUUCCAACAACCUGAUAUGGCAUUUGGGGAAUAUGUCAACAAGCUAGAGGAGAUCAUGGAGAAAAAGGCUCUAUGUGUUCAUAGCAUGAGAGCCCAGCUGCAGCCAUAUCUGAUGCUCAGUCAGUCUAACCAAGCACACAAUCUAUGAGGAGAUACAAAUAUUCAGAUUAUCUGAGGUAACUAAGUUAAAAAGCAAGAAUCUUUAUAUUUAUAAGUAAAGCCUGUACACUGAAGGGAUGCUGGUAGUGCAUGACUAUCAUGGUGUUUACAACUGCACAAUAUGUUUUUUACUGACACGACUAAAUCUAGUGAGUUAAAUACAUUAUUAGUGUUUUUUUUAUUUCAUAUCUUGUGUGUGUGUGUGUGUUUUGUGUGUGUUUGGUUUGUUUUUUCCUUUUUGGAUGUGAGGUUAUUAUUUCCCUCUUCCCCUGGGCUCUUUACAUGAUGAUUCAUAUGCAUAUAGUAUUUAAGAGAAUAUUUGCAUAUUCGCUACUUUAAAUCAUAAUUUGUUAGAUUCAUCUUUUGGGGGAUAUCUGUCACACUACUGUGGAUACUUGAAGGACUGCUAUUUUGAAAUGUAGUUGUUUUGACAGCAGCUAUUUAUGUACUGUAUAUGCUGCAACUUCUAAAGCGAGGUAAUUUUUCAAGUCCAGUCUUGCUCCACUGUUGUCCACUGAUUUCUGACAGCUUUGAUCAUGUCUGUGUAAAUUUUUUGAUUUUGUUUUACAUGAUCAAGGCUUUGAGUUUUCCUGGUUUUGUGUCUUAAUUCGUGCUGCACAUCACCACAACCCUCUGCCUGGACGAAGACUGGCUCUCUGAAGCAGUGACACACUGAACCAAAGAUACACAACUAAUAUCUUUCUUACCUGCAAACUUGAGCUCUAGUUGUCUGCUGAGCUGUUACCUUGAAAAGUUGUUGUUUUUGAGUGCUACAUUUGUUGUCUACAGGUAAAAGAUUGUGAUACUUGUAAAGUAAAUAGACGGUAGGUGUAUUCAGUUUGAGACUGCUUGCUUUUUGAAGGGUUUAAGAUUUAAUUAAAUAUUAAAUAAAGUUAUUUAUGGCUUA